GAGAUAAAAUCAAAAACACUGAAAGCAGCUGAAGCUAAAACUCUUCAAGUCCCCGCGCCUUGGAGCUCACAGGAGGAGUUCUGUUACUCCCAUUCUCAGAACGAAAAGUUCCAAAAUGCAGCGAGUCUUGAUUUCUGCGUGUUCCCUCUUGAUCUGUAUCUUGUUGCAGGACUGCAGCCGCGCGGCACCAAUUGACUGUCAACAGGAACAAGAACGACUGAGAGCUCAAGUGAAAGCUCUGGAAUUACAGAUUAAACAGCAACAACUACAGAUUCAGCGGCUCUUAGAUGAAAGGGAAAAUGUGCAUGACACUGAUGCUUCCGAAGAUUAUGCUACUAAUGAUCUCAGAGGAAGAAAUCUCUUUGCAGACUGUGCAGAGAUCUACAACACUGGAAAUAGACUGAGUAUGUUUUAUAGAAUACAACCAUUGUCAUCUCCCACAAGCUUCAAGGUGUACUGUGAUAUGAGAGAUGGUGGUGGCUGGACAGUCAUCCAAAGACGGACUGAUGGCAGUGAAAACUUCGACAGAGUCUGGUCAGAUUACAAAGAAGGUUUUGGAAACUUUCAAUCUGCCAAUGGAGAAUACUGGAUUGGAAAUGAUAACUUGUAUCAUCUGACAUCACAGGGAAACUAUAACUUGAAAAUUGAUCUUACUGACUGGGAUGGCGAAAACCGUAAUGCCCAAUAUAGGAGUUUCAGAGUGCAAAAUGAGCAGAAUUCAUACCAGUUAACCUUUGGUGACUAUUCUGGAACUGCAGGAGACUCACUGAGUGGUACGUUUCAUCCAGAAGUUGCAUGGUGGGCCAACCACAAUGGCAUGAGGUUCAGCACAAAGGACAGAGAUAAUGACCGCUAUGAGGGAAACUGUGCAAAGGAAGACAAAGGUGGUUGGUGGUAUAACAGAUGUCACUCUGCUAACCUGAAUGGACAUUAUUACAAGAGAGGACCUUUCUCUUCAAAAACAGAUGAUGGAAUUGUUUGGUAUACUUGGCAUGGAUGGUGGUAUUCAUUAAAGUCUACAGUUAUGAAGAUACGACCUUCUGAAUUUGUACCAAGCAGAGAAUGAGUGUUCCUAUCCUUCUUGAAAUUAGUAUAAGUGUAUUAUUGUAUCACAAUGUUUUCUAUAACAAUACCUUCUUCAGUCGGACUUUGUAUUGCACACUUAUUCCUCUGCCAGGUUCAGGAUGAACAUUAUUUGGGAACAAAUAAUGUGGUCCAUUUAUGUUUUUCCUUUGGCAACUCUUAUAUCAUGUUUGGAUUGUAACAAGGAGUGAAAGUGGCUCACUAUUCACAAGAUAAUUGAUUGUGGGGCUUCAAUGCAUUUUACAUUUUCCUAGCAGGAUGCAAACAGUAUAUUGUUAAGAUUUAACUGAAAUAGCUUUCAAGUAUAUUUGAAGUCAAAACAAUCAGUGCUACUUAGUUAUUUAAUCAGGGCAUGAAUUUUGUUCUCAGCAUUCAGGUUCAUCAAUUAUGCUAUUAUGCCUUAAAGAUCAUGGAAACUUUCUUACUUUCUGCUCCCAUGCAUUUGUGUUAAAUUCAAAUCCUCAAACUUUUGAAGAUUGCACAUCUUGUACUUAACAAAGCUACUAAACGCUCAUUCGCAUAGCUGCUCUGUUCCAGCACAUGGAAAUUCUUUGCCUCUGACUACACCUUACAUGAGUGAUGGUGGACUGAAGAAAGCCACCAAUUUCAAUUACUGAUGGUCGGCUUUCAAGUAACUUACUCCUAACCCCUUCAUUAAUCAGUGACACUGGGGCAGAAAAGUUAAGGGAUCCCACUGACGAGUUUGCAGGCAGGAGGAGCUGGAAGAAUUCCCAGAGUGCCCUUCCCACCAUCCAUCCACCCUAUCUCCCAAACCUCUCCACAGAUAUAAUGGGAUGGUGGGGAAGUGGGAAGAGCUAUAGUGUCCCAUCCACCUACACCCCAAUUACUAGCAACUUAAAUCCAACUUCUAGCUUAGCCAUGAUGAGGAAGUCAAACAGCAGUAGGGUGGAAGGCUCAGCAGAUGGGACAGCUCCUGGCCUUUCGAAUGCGGUCACCAAAUCACCACCUAUACACCAGCAACCACCCCCUACCCCCCCGCCUCAAAACAACUCUAUUCAUUGCACUUGCUCCUCACAGCAUCUCUCUAGUUACCAUUGCAAGUAGUAGAUUGAAUGUGGGCAGCUGGCAGUUUCAAUAGAAGCCACCUGUCCAGGCUGAAAUCUCACCUCCAGUCCACGAAGUGCCAAAGAGAUGCGGAGUUACAUUUUUUUUGCCCCACUACCUGAACAAUUCUGCCCCUAUAGUUCAUUUUAUGAGAUGGUUUCCUCUCCUCCAUGGAAAGAGAUUAAAUUGACAGAUAGUGAGGACUGCGUAUGCUGGACAGAGUUGAUCAAAUGUGGAGCGACUAACCACAGACAUAUACUACAAGCCCACUGACUCCCACAGCUACCUAGACUCACCUCCUCCCACCCUACUCCCUGUAAAAAUGCCAUCCCUUAUUCCCAAUUCCUCCACCUCUGCUGCAUCUGUUCCCAGGAUGACCAAUUCCACCUCAGAAAAUCCCAGAUGGCGUCCUUCUUCCACAAUCACAAUUUCCCUUCCCAUGUGGUUGAUGAUACCCUCCAGCGUAUUUCCUCCACUUCACACACCACCACCCUUGAACCUCACCCCUCCCAACGCAACAAGGACAGAACCCCCCUGGUCCUCACCUUCCACUCCACCAACCUUCGCAUACAAUGUAUCAUCCUCUGCCACUCCUGCAUACCUCUAAAUAUACCCCAACACCAGACAUAUAUUACCCUCCCCAUCCCUAUCAGUGUGCCGAAAACACCAUUCCAUCUGCAAUUCCCUUGUCAGUCCACGCCCCCCCCCCCCCACCAGCCCACACCUGGCACCUUUCCCUGCCACUGCAGAGAGUGCAAAACCUGCAUCCACACCACUCCCUAUCCAAGGUCCCAAGGGAUCCUUCCACUUCAGUCAGAAAUUCACCUGUAUCUCUACCAAUAUCAGCUACUGCAUCCAUUGCACCCGCUGUGAUCUCCUCUACAUCGGGGAGACAGAACACCUUCUUCCAGAUUGUUUCAGAGAACAUCUCUGGGACACCCACAACCACCAAGCCCACCACCCACUCCAUCAAAGACAUGCAGGUCCUUGGCCUCCUCUACCACCAAACCAUUACCAACCAGUGACUAGAGGAAGAAAGUCUCAUAUUUCGUCUUGGGAACCUGCAACCACACGGGAUAAACAUGGAUUCUGACAGCUUCCUCAUUUCCCCUCCCCCCACAUUAUCCCGAUCCCAAGCCUCCAAUUUGGCACAGCUCUCUGGUCCAUCCAUCACUGACCCCCCUCUGAAAUAUCACUUUCUCCCUCACCUUCAUCCACCAAUCACUUUCCCAGCUACCUCCCCCCCAACCCCAACCCACAAGCCUCAUUCUUGAUGAAAGGCUUAUGCCCAAAACAUCGAUUCUCCUGUUCCUUGGAUGCUGCCUGACCUGCUUUGCUUUUCCAGCACUACACUCUCGACACUGAUCUCCAGCAUCUGCAGUCCUUACUUUCUCCUAGCAAGCACAAGAGACACAAGGGACUCCUGUAUUACCUCACUGGUUUCCUUAGUUUGUCUGGUAAUAGGCAUUCCCUCUCCACCUGGAUGAAUCUAAUCUCUGGUGUGGCAAUCUCCCUCUAUAUGUGUUAUCCAUGUAAUUCUCUGCCUCACGGAAACACAUCAGUGCUGCUGCUGGUCAAGUUCAGAAACCAAGUGCUCAAGGUUGUGCAGGCAAUGACAUUUCCUUCAGAUGUGUUUGUUUGGGACAUAAUAAUGUCCAUGACUUUACACAUACCAUGGGAGAGACAUUCCACUUUCCCCAUUGAUUUAGCAUUUCGUAAGUCUAAAAACUAUUUGUUAUCCUUAGGAUAAGUAUAAACUUAAUACAAAAAAAAUUAAUAAAAUAAAACUGAAGGAAAUAAA